AUGUCCACGGCCUGCUGCGUUAAGCAGACGUGUUUCCCGCCCCCAGCACCACUGCCCCACGGUGUCCGACCAGAAACAGCGGAGGUCUGCCUGUUCACAAGGGAUGAACCGAAUUUGUCAGCAGAACAGACGGAAAAUCGGUACCGGAAGCUUUUAACCGAGAAUGGGAUCAGCAGCGUUAGCCAGAUCAUCUCGUACAAAACUCUGAAAAAAGAGUAUAAGCUCUUCGAAGCAAAGCGUCGCCUCCUGAACAGAUUUGAUCUCUUUCUGUCCGACGACGGAAUUAGAAGGCUCUUGCCCUCACAUCUAGGAAAACACUUCUAUGCAAGGAAGAAGGCACCUUUGUCUGUAAACCUGAAAGCCAGAAAUCUUGCUAAGGAAAUACAGAAACAUAUCCAGGGGACUACACUCCCAGUUACCAACAAAGGGUGCUGUUAUACAGCGCGUAUAGGUCACACUGGAAUGAAAGCUGAUGAGAUACUAGAUAAUAUCAUGGCUGCAGCUGAGGUGAUUGCUGAGAAGUUACCAAAGAAUUGGAAAAAUGUAAAAAUUCUUCACCUCAAAACACUUAAAUCAGUUGCACUUCCGAUUUUUACUGCAAAUAUAUCCAACUUGGAUGAGCUUGACAGACCGCCAUCUCUCAAAAAACAGGAAGUAAAGAAGGGGAAGAAGAAGAAACCGAAGAAGGCAGCUAAAAAGCUGAAUUCAAGUAAAGUCACUUUGACAACUGAAAUUAACACUGUUGCUGCUACCCAGGAGCUUGCAAUACAAGAAAAAGCAGUAGUUGUCCAAGAACCAGGUGAUCAUGAUGAUGGUGACGAUGAAGAAAUUCCACAGCUGGUGCCUGUGCAAACAACCAGCUUAGCUGGGCUGAAGAAAAUGGAACCAAGUCCAGAAAAAGUUGACAUCCUAGGUGAGAAAACUAAACCACCCCUUGGUAAGAGAAAGAAACAACCUCUAGCUGUGGAAACUCCAAAAUCAAAACAUGAAGUUCCAGAAGAGUGUGCAGACUUGCGGACAUCGUCAAAACAGAAAAAAAACAAGCAGCUCAGCAUGCCAAAGGAAGCAAUAAAAGAAAAAGAGAUAAAAAAGACUCCCAAAAAGCCUGAAGCAAAGUCUUUCGCAACACCCAAAGCUGGCAAAUCAACAGAGUCAGCCAACAAGUCUUCGAAAACGCCAAAGCAAACACCCAAGAAAGCGCGCCAGCUACAGUCAGCAUGA